AUGCCAGGGGACCCCCUGCCUGCACAAGCUCUGGGAGCCUGUGUCUCCUUCACUCUGUUCCCAGGAGCCCAGCACUGGGGAGGGAGGGGCCACCCCAAUCUCUCUGCAGCUGGUGAUGAACCAGGGGUGCCCCCUGCUGCCCUUAUGGGGUCUGGGGGGCAGAGCUGCAUCUCCCCUGCAGAGGGAGGUGAGGAAGCCCCCGGCGGGGACCUUCCAGGAGAACACGCUGGGGCAGCCGCUCCUGGACUCCUGCGCACGGCGGCCCUCAGUGCACCCGGCCUCCGGAGCAGCCAGCCCAGCAACCUCGGGGGCGCCUGUGCACGGGACCUGUGCCCGGGGAGACGUGCUCAGGGCAUCCUCCACUUAUCUGUGUGGAUCAUUACCACCUCUUGUCUGUACUAUUUUGGUCACAUUCAAUAG